CUGGUAUAGGCUGGGUAUACCUGCAACCAUGAGGAUGUCUCUGUAGAGGAUCUACUCAGCUCUCUCACUGUCUUGUCUCUCAGUUGGUUUAUCUAGUCUGUGUCAGGAUGUCACUCAUAUUACUGUUGCUCCUCUCAGCAUUUGUAGCUGAUAGUAUGGAGCAGGAAACAAUAACUCCAGUGAAGCCUGAAGUCAAUGCUCUCCAAGGAACAGACAUCACUCUCUCCUGCAACUACAAAGGCAAAGUUAAUAAUCUACAAUGGUACCGUCAAUACCCCGGAUCCAGACCAGAAUGUCUUCUUUUGAUCCUACAAAGCAGCAUGUAUAUUCAGAAUACAUCCAUUACAACUCCACGACACACUGGUAGACUGAAUGAAGAGAAGACCCGUGUUGACUUGAUGAUCUCCUCUGUUGAAUUGGAAGACUCUGCUCUGUACCACUGUGCCUUGCAGCCCACAGUGACAGGAAACCCAGACACACUGUACAAAAACCUGUCAAGACCCUUGGGGCUGGGGCUUAUUCUACACAUCCUGCCAUCUACAAUGUUGUUCUGUUCACUAUUACCCGUCUUUAACUUGAUAGGUCUCAGUUCUGAACAGGUAUUAACACCCUACACUGAUGUAGAAGUGGCUUCAGAAAGGGACAGAGUUACUCUCUCUUGUAACUACACCUCUGUCAACACUCUUCAAUGGUAUCGACAAUAUCCACAAUCAGCACCACAGUUAUUGGUCAUGGAACAUAUGACUGCAAAAACACCAGGUUUCUCACUAAAUCAUGACAAAAAAGCCAAACGUGUGGAUCUGGAGAUCUCCUCUGCUGAAGUGACAGACUCUGCUCUGUACUACUGUGCCUUGCAGUCCACAGUGACAGGAAACCCAGAAACACUGUACAAAACCUGA